GAUGUCCAUUUAUGUGCUAACAUAUCACAGUGAUGUACGUUUGGAGAAGGCUACCUAAUGUUGAUGAAGACAUUAUUGUAUAUGCCUCAGCCAAGUAGCCAAAUAACAUGAGGCCAAUCAUUUGUGAUAAAGGCAGCAGUACACUGUUACUGAACUGAAUAUAAAAGCUUCCAUUACACCACAAUUAAUAUAUGAUCGCCAGAAAAGACAGAUGCUUUUAAAAAUGGCUCCGAGAACAUAGAUUAAAUGAAAAAACGCCUUAACGUGUGUUUUCGAAAGCGCUUCCUGCCAAGAAAUGGGUUGUUCUCUCCCACCCUCACUCGCAUUUCAUCCUACGUUUCUAUUACAUCAAACCACAAUGCACCGCACUGUUUGCAGUUUACCCAACUUCUCCAUGGCGAUAAAAGCUAGUACGGCCCCUUAUUCAAAUUAAACCGGAAGAAAACGUCAUUUUUGGCCAAUCUGGGCGCUCUGAAAUGACAUAAUGGAAUUUUUAGGAAUAGAAAACUUCCAGAUGCUUAUUAACGCCCAUUGCUGAAAUCGUUGCCCGUGGUAGACAUAUCGUAUAAGAAUAUAGAAGAGUAUUUUCUGUGUACAUAUGUCAUAUUUUUGAGAGAGAGUGCUUAGACGGCAACGGAAAACGGGUUAUUGUACCAUUCUACAGGUUAUAUGAUAAAAGAUUCACUUAAAGGAACCAUCUGCUUCGUGACUGGUAAAUGAAGAUCAACCACUUCUGCAUGAAGGUCCACACAUUCCAUGUGAGGGGAUAGGAUGGAAACAACCCUCUACCCUGAUGAUGUGCUGAAUAAUACUCGAGGAAUUUCAAGCAUUUACUUUCAAGACAGCAUGAUGAAAAAGGAUAUCAACUCCGAGGAUCAAGGCAAUGCCAACCUGAAGCAGGAUCUGCCCGAUACCGAAGGCAUUCUGAAUUCUCCGGAUCUGCUGAAACUGGCGUCGCCGGAGCUGGAGCGGCUGAUUAUACAAUCUAACGGUAUGGUCACGACGACACCGACCUCUCAGUUUGUCUACCCUAAGACACCUGUGAGCGAUGAACAGGAAUUUGCCGAGGGCUUCGUGAAAGCUCUGGAAGACCUUCACAAGCAGAACCAAUUAAACGGUGGACCGUGCUUGCCUCCCGUAAGCCGACUCAGUGCCGGCACAACCAUAGCCCUACAGACCGACCUACCGGUGUACACGAACUUAAACACCUAUGGAAGUAGCCCGCUGGGCACUACAGUGAAUUAUUCCACGGACACCAUCCCCUUUCCUCCGCCGCCCUCGCAUCCCCUUAGCGCGCAGCAACAAGCGCAGACAAGACUCCAGUCACUCAAGGACGAACCCCAGACUGUGCCGGACAUUCAUAGCUUUGGCGACAGUCCGCCUCUUUCGCCCAUCGACAUGGACACUCAGGAGCGCAUCAAAGCCGAGAGGAAAAGGCUCCGUAACAGAAUAGCUGCUUCAAAGUGCCGUAAGAGGAAGCUGGAGAGGAUAUCUAGGCUGGAGGACAAGGUGAAAUCCCUGAAAAACCAGAACACUGAGCUGGCGUCGACGGCGGGUUUACUCAGGGAGCAAGUUGCCCAGCUAAAACAGAGGGUCAUGAACCAUGUGAACAAUGGCUGUCAGCUACUUCCAAAUCAAGUUCAAGCGUAUUGAGGGAGAGGAGGGAAAGCCCACGCAUUCACUUACCAAGACACUUUGGAGUUCUCAUCGAACCAAAACUCUUUGAAUGACGUUAGAUGCCUUUGUUUCCUCGCUACCGCCUACACGACAUCACGUUAAGCGAUGGUCAGGGAUUUCAAGAAGUGGACAUUUCAUUCGUGGUGCUUAUGUACAUGAUGGGACAUUUAUGUUUACAGAGCUUUUGUAGCAUACAGAUAUUCUCUUAUAGAUAUAUCUCAUCUUCUAUGUUAGGAGGGAGAAGUCACCAGUCCAUUAACAGUAAUCUUUUAUGUCUUUGAAUCCUAUGACGUGAAUAAGAUAUGAGCAGCUACAUUUUGCAUGAAAAGACAAACUCACUGAGUGCAACUCAAAACACAAGGAUGCCAUGCAUGUCGUCCCAGUGUAAUGCCUUACUUGUCUUCGAGAACUUAACCAAUGACAAAUGUGUAUUUUAUAUAUAUAUAUAUAUAUUCAAAUAUUCACACUGUCUUAUUUCGUUGAUGUUCUGAUGUGGCUUCUGUGUUCUGUCUCAAGUGUUAUUAACUCGAGUGUUAUUAUUCAUUCACGUUGAUGAAUAUACGAACAUUAUACGAAAUGUAUACAUUUCCAAUGAGAUAUUGUGUACUAUAGGUCCAUUAAACAUCCUGAACAUCUCA